CCAACUUAACCACAAGAAUCCUGAAGGAUAUAAAGUAUGACCCUUUUUUAUUCUUUCCUUUCUAAACACCCGAAAUUGUUUCUUAUGUAUUCUUAGUUUCUUACUAGCCACGCAUGGCAUCAUCCUUUCAUUUUUCAUCAAACAAUUCCUUUCUUCAUACAAUUCCCAUUCCCCAAUUCCUUUCUUUUUUGGUUCUCCUUUCUCUCCCCUCCAACUAUAUAAAAAAUUACAACCCAUUCCCUCCAACUAACUUAAACCCCUACCAAAUCCAAAUCUCAUUCAUAAAUCAAACAAUAUAAUUACUUAGCAGUGCCAAAUUAAAAUUCACAAUGCUAAAAAGAUUACUUAAAGGUAAAAAACGAAGACCACCACCACCACUUCCUCCUCCUCCUCCUCCGCCACCACCGCCUCCUCCUCCUCCUCCUCCACCACCUCCAUCACCACCUCCUCCUCCUCUUCCUCCUCCUCCUCCUCUGCCAUCAUCAUCACCAUCACCAUCCUCAUUACUGCCACCGCCCACACCACCUUCACCUCCGCCCCCACCACCUCCACCUCCGCCAUCACCAAAGCAACCAAACACACCAUUCCUCUUCCCUAAAACAGAUUCCAGAAUCCUCCCAGAUCCUUCAAACUUCUUCUCCCAAAACCUUCUAUCAAAUCCACUUCCCACAAACUCAUUCUUCCAAAACUUUGUCAUAAAAAACGGUGAUCAACCCGAAUAUAUUCACCCUUACCUCAUCAAAUCCUCCAACUCCUCCCUCUCAUUCUCUUACCCUUCUCACUUGGCCACCCCCACUUUCAUAUCCCAAGUCUUCAACCCUGACAUAACCAUCUCCUCCAUAACCAAACCCGAUCAUGGUCACUCUCACUUGAAGCAUGUAAUCACUUCCUACAGCGACCUGAGUGUAACUUUAGACAUUCCCUCUUGCAACUUGCGGUUCUUCCUUGUUAGAGGAAGCCCUUUUGUUACAUCAUUAGUAACCAAUAAUUCGCCACUUCUUAUCACAACCAUUCAUGCCAUCACUUCAUUCUCCUCGAACAGCAGUCUGACUAAGCACACCAUGCAACUCAAUAAUGGUCAGACAUGGCUCAUAUAUACUACAACAGCAGUUACCAUGACUAAUAGUUGCCUUUCCGAAGUUACCUCUGAUGGGUUCUCUGGCAUUAUUAGAAUAGCAUUGUUGCCUGAUUCAGACGCCAAAUACGAGUCAUUUCUUGAUAGGUUCAGCACUUGUUUCGCCAUCUCUGGUGAUGCUUCGUUCGCGAAAGCUUUUUGUGUCGAAUACAAAUGGGAAAAGAAAGGAUGGGGUGAGUUGUUAAUGCUAGCUCACCCUCUUCACCUUCAGCUUCUGUCAACUAACGAUUGUGAUGUAACGAUUCUGAAUGAUUUCAAGUAUAGAAGCAUUGAUGGGGACCUUGUUGGCAUUGUUGGAGACUCAUGGGUUUUGAAAAGUUACCCUGUUUCUGUUACUUGGCAUUCCGCUAGAGGAAUCAAAGAAUCUUCAUAUGAUGAAAUUUCUGCAGCACUUUCUGAAGAUGUAAAUUCUUUGAACAACUCGGGAAUAAUCACAACAACAUCUUGCUAUUACUAUGGGAAAUCCAUAACAAGAGCAGCGAGAUUGGCUUUGAUAGCUGAAGAGGUUUCAUUUCAUGAUGUCAUCCCGGUGAUUAGGAAGUUUUUGAAGGAUGCAAUUGAGCCAUGGUUAGAUGGAACUUUCGAAGGAAACGGUUUUCUCUAUGAUUCAAAAUGGGGAGGAAUUGUUACUUCACAAGGAUCUAAAGAUUCAAGUGCAGAUUUCGGGUUUAGUAUUUACAAUGAUCAUCAUUAUCAUUUGGGAUAUUUUCUAUAUGCAAUUGCAGUGCUUGCAAAGAUUGAUCCAGCAUGGGGAAGGAAGUAUAAGCCUCAAGCAUAUUCGCUUAUGGCAGAUUUCAUGAAUUUGGGAAGAAGAUCAAACUCUAGUUACACCCGUUUGAGAUGUUUUGAUCUUUACAAAUUGCAUUCUUGGGCUGGAGGCCUAACCGAAUUCGCAGACGGAAGAAACCAAGAGAGCACAAGUGAAGCUGUGAAUGCAUAUUACUCUGCAGCGUUGAUGGGUCUCGCUUAUGGCGACACCCAUCUUAUUGCAACAGGAUCAACUCUUGUAGCAUUGGAAAUGCAUGCAGCUCAAAUGUGGUGGCAUGUAAGAGAAGGAGAAAACUUGUAUGAUGAAGAAUUUGUGAAAGAGAAUAGAAUAAUGGGUGUUCUUUGGGCUAAUAAAAGAGACAGUGGUCUUUGGUUUGCUCCACCAGAAUGGAGAGAAUGUAGGCUUGGAAUUCAGGUUCUGCCAUUGUUGCCUAUAACAGAGACAUUGUUCUCUGAUGUUGGUUAUGUGAAGGAGCUUGUGGAAUGGACAAAGGCAAAUUUGAAUAGGAAAGGUGUUGGUGAAGGGUGGAAAGGUUUUAUCCAUGCCAUGGAAGGGACUUAUGAUAGAGAAAGUGCAUUGCAGAAGAUAAGAAACUUGAAGGCUUUUGAUGAUGGAAACUCUCUAAGCAAUUUGCUGUGGUGGAUUCAUAGUAGAGGUGAUGUUGUUGAGGAAGAGUUUGAUCAUGGAAAACAUUAUUGUUGGUUUGACCAUUAUUGCCAUUAGGUGCUGUUCUUUAUGUUUUCAUGUUUCUAUAAUGUAAAUUUAAGAGGGGCUAAAGUUAAGAGUAACUAGCUAUUUAACCCUUGUCUGUCUUUCAUGUUGAUGUUUGUAAAUUUGUGUCAUUGAAAAGGUAGCAUUGAAUUGAAUGAGAUGUUUUCCGAGUGUUAUAUAUGUUGAAUACCUCAACCUUUUAUAUUAUAACCAAUUGACUAUCUAAUUUGUUUCUUUAUCUAUUUAUAAUCUGCACAAGUCGAUACCGAGUUAAGCCUCAAUGUAAUCUUUGAAGUUGCACUCGAGUCUCAUAGUAGUCCCUAAACUUAAAAGUUACCCAUAUUCAUCCCUGAAUUUGCACUCUGGGACUCAAACUUGUCCUUCCGGCAAUUUCUGGCCACCUGGCGCUACCGAAAAGCUGAGUUGGCAGCCUUCGUGACACGUGGGCAUUACACGGCUAGCUGAUGUGGCAGAGUAAACUGUCCCGAAUCAAUUUGGUCCCUCAAUUCAAGUUAAAACCCUAAUUCCCAAAUUUGAAGCCUACACUGCUCACUCUGUUCUCUUCUCUUUGUUUCUGUGUUCUUGUCUUCUCCAGCAUUGAAUCCCGACGGUUAUGGCAAGCGCGAGCAAUGCAACUGAGAGUUCGAACAACCCACGAUCAAUUGGAAGCAUCAUGAGGAGAAUGAAUAGAAACAGAGAAGCUUGUUUGCCAGAAUGGUGUGCCUGCAGGCCGAGACCAGUGCUGCGGUGGUUAGUGACAGAUUCUAAUCCAGGGAGACCGUUCCUGGGUUGCCCAAACUACAAUACUGUGGGCAAGAAAUGGUGUGGAUUGUUUUUGUGGGUUAAUAAAGUUUUGGAAGAAGAUGUCAUAGCAUGUGAUGAUAUAACAAGACAUUCAGUUGAUAAUAAAGAAUGGAAGAUGAAGAUUGCUUGAAAAUUUGGUAAAUUAGAGACUGAAAUUAGGGUUCUAAAAAUGGGAAGAAUUUUGAUGUUUGUGUUCAUGCUGCUGAUUGUAAUUGGUGUUCUUGUAUUAAAGUUGGAUAGACAACAGGGUCAACUGUAUCUACCAAAAAACAAAUGACAUGCAUGGUAUAUGCAUAUAUUGUUCAUA